AUGUCUUGGAAACGCAAAACCAAUCAACCAAAUAGACUGAAAGAGUUACCCGCCGAAUCUCCGCUUGUGAUUGGUCUUGCGCACAAAUCAUCAAAUACCUCCUCAACCACCGACACCACAGGAAUCCCCGGAGACAUGGAGUUCGCCCCAUUCCUUCCACAACCGUCCAGUACAAGCUGCAUUCUCAAUCUUUCACCCAAAGCGACGGUAAACACUGGCCCCUCCCCCAAGUCGCAGAGAGAGAUCGCCUCUGCAGACAUCAUGUCUAUCCUCCGCAACGCCUGCCUUUCUUCCAACCUCAGCAGGGAAGAAAAGAUCUCUCUUCUCUCAGAGGUCGCAAAUCAAAUUAGUGGACUCAAAAGGCAGUUGAAUUCUUCACCCCUCAACAUCAGCAGCAACAGUAAUGGUAGUAAGACUGAUGAUGACACGCCUCUAAAUCUUACGCAAAGCAAACAUGAAACAUCGGCAGAAAAACAAAUGGAGCCGCCUUCAUGGUGUGGCCAGGAGAACGCAAUCCCCAGUAUCUCCCCCUUCCUCUUUCAUACCGGACUCGUUGAUGCUGGUAAAAUCAGUGGCAUCUCCGCAAAACCUGGAGGAAGUGAAGGUGAAAAACUUGCCUUCCCCAUCCGUUCCGAUUCAUCCAAGCUUCUGAAUUAUAUUUCGCCUCUCGAUGUUGGCUCAGCGAAUCCAUGCGACUUGUUACUCAAAAUGAUUCAGGCUUGUCAACAAAACACCUCCACCGGCCCACCUCGUAAUGAGCAAACGCAACAGCAGCAACAGCCAUCCAUACCAGUGCCCUCGACUAGUCCGGAGGGGAGCAUGCCCGUCAUCCCACUGGGUCUCACGUCUCUGCCCCUGCGGGAGCCGUCUGUUGCUCCAGGUCUCCCUCUGUCCCUACUCAGCAUGAAACUGGAGGACGCCAAAUCAGAGCAACAACUCCUCACUCACCUGGGUCUUGAUCCAGCUCUUCUCUCCACUCUACAGAAUGGACCCAAAGCCUUACCACUUGGAGCUCCAACACCAUCUGGACGGAUGCCUUCUGGUGACCUCUUUGCUUCACCAAAACUCGUCUCGUUGCCAUCACAAAGCAACGGAUUUCCACUAAUGCGUCAAUCGCCACCACUGCAGUCCUCGCAACAGGAGACGGACUGUGAGCAAAAGCCAAAUCAGGGUACCGGAUUCGGCCAGUCAAGAAAGGAAAUUUCGCCCGAGGCCCAGACAACCGGCGUGCGUGGCGCACCCGCUCUCUUUGCAGUCAUUGUUUUUAUUCAUCCGACCGUCUCUUCUCUUUCCUCUCAUUUCAAUCCACUUGGUGUAAAGAGGCGCACGGAUAGUAAAGAUAUGCGUGGGAUCUUCACAAGGUGCGAUUUCGGGGAGAUCGAAACUAGUAGACUUGAUGAUUCGAGCGACGCAAACCAAACAAAGUCACCCAAAAGACCUCACAUCAAGCGACCUAUGAAUGCCUUCAUGGUAUGGGCCCGUGAGGAGCGUCGCAAAAUCCUCAAGGCUUGCCCUGACAUGCAUAACAGCAAUAUUUCGAAGAUUCUCGGAGCCAGAUGGAAGGCGAUGUCGGCGGAGGAGAAGCGACCUUAUUACGAGGAGCAGUCGCGGUUGAGUCGCAAGCACAUGGAGGAUCACCCUGACUAUCGGUAUCGGCCAAGGCCCAAGCGAACUUGCAUUGUUGACGGGAGGAAGUUGCGCAUCUCUGAGUACAAGGAAUUGAUGCGUAAUCGACGUGGUGAAAAUCGCAAACAUUGGUUUGGAAAUGGAGACACACAACGCAUAGUGGAAGGUCUCCUUGGCACACCCAUGUCAAAAUUGCAGAGCUCUGGUGUAAGCGAGAGCAGUUCCAUCAACGAAGCCAUAGAUGAUUCCCGUCCUCCAACAAUGUUGCACAUUCCCACGAGUUUUGAGCACUUUCCAGGCAAUUCAUCUCCUGUCGGUGGCUUUCACCACCCGGCUUUUCCCACAUUGGCUCCCACAGGCCUCACAUUCCCCUUGCCAACCGCUUCCACCACUUUGCCAUGCGAGUCGACGAGUGAGCGCAGUCAAGUUCGCCUCCUGCCGCCGCCGCCUAACCCCGCUGUUACCGCUACUACUGCUACUGUCGUUACGGCGGUAUCUUCAGCAAGUCCGGAGGAUCUCUCUCCUCGUUCUGCCUCACCUCUGAUCGGAAUUCACUCGACACCAGGCCUGCAAACAACCUUGUGA